AUGGCUGCUGCUGCUGCCUUCAAGGACCGCCAAUUUCUCGCCGUGAUCGGAGAUGAAGACUCCGUCACCGGUCUUCUUCUCGCGGGCAUCGGCCAUGUCACCGAACCCCCCGACUCACAACGAAACUUCCUCGUCGUGGACUCCAAAACCGAAACCUCAGCAAUCGAAAAGGCAUUCCAUAACUUCACACAGGAAAGGAAAGAUAUUGGCGUGUUAUUGAUCAAUCAACAUAUUGCAGAACGGAUCAGACUAUCCGUCGAUUCGUUCACGGAUGCGUUUCCGGCUGUGCUCGAGAUUCCUAGUAAGGAUCAUCCGUAUGACCCUGAGAAAGACAGUGUGUUGCGACGGGUGCGGAGGUUGUUUGGAGAGUAG